AUGACGAAUCAGCUUGUGGGCGACGUCUACGCCAAGAUCAUCKAGGAUGUGUGCGCCGCGUCGGCGGAGGCCUUCGAGGAGAACGGUGUGGGCUCGACAACGCUCCAGGAGUUGCAGCAGGAAUGGCAAGUGAAGCUAUCGCAACGCGGCGUCGCUCAGAUGCCAUGGGAUCCUAAGCCUCAACCGCCGGCUGCACCUCAGCAGCCUCAAGCACCCAUCUCUUCCAUUCCAAACGGAUUGCCUCAGCAGUCGUACCAACAGUACAACGGGCAUCAAGCAAACGUGCAGAAUGGAGGAGGCUCGAGGGUUAAGACUGAGUCUAGCAACGAGACCCAAUACCAUGGUCUUCCUAACACAGGCUACCCACCAAAUGCAGAAGGUGGAAUUGUCCGCGCCCAGCAUCUGAUCCAGCAGCAGUACGGCCCCAAUGCGAGCGCAUCGCUCAACUCCAUGCAGCAGCAGCGGGGCGGCCUUGCUCUCCCUGGCCAACAGCCCCGGCCACAAGGUCUCCAACUACCAGCUGGUACCACACAAGCAGCACAGCAGCACGCCAUUCAAAACUCUCAGAGCUUUCAGCGGCAGCAGCAGCAUGCGAUGCAACAGCAGCAGUUACAUCAGCAGCAACAGCAGCAGCAAUCUCAACCUCGCAUCAAGGUCGAGAGCGACAAUGCUCAGACACAGCAAGGUAACUACCAGCAGCGGCCUCAUCCAUCAUACCAGAACGACGGGGCAGACGAGGGCUUGGAGGAAUGGCGCGCCAUGCUUGCGGAAAGACGGGCGAUCAGCGCUGAGCAGACUCGGCAUGCGGAUCGGCUCAUGCGCGACCAAGUGUUGAGAAUGUCAGAGAGUCUUCAAAGCGGCCUCAUGGUUUCACUCGAAGAGCAGAUAUCGCAUCCUGAUAAUGUGAAGCGCCGCGCUGAGUCACGGAAGACGAAGCCAUAUUCAGGUGCCCCUCAUUCUGACGGCGCUCCAUCGAUUCCGCAGUACGAUGGAGGUGAUGAUGACGAUGAAAAGGCCAAUGUCAAGGAUGAAGACGACGCAGACGCCAUCAAUUCCGACCUCGACGAUUCGGAUGACGAUAAUAACAACGCCAUGGGUGAGGAUGACGAUGAGCACAUGGACAACAUCUUGUGCACUUAUGACAAAGUUCAACGCGUGAAGAACAAGUGGAAGUGUACACUGAAGGACGGCGUUAUGAGUGUGGGUGGCAAGGAGUGGGUGUUCCAUAAGGGCAUGGGCGAGUUCGAAUGGUGA